CGACAACAUCGACACAGCAUCUCGACAUACCUUCCGUCAAGAUGGCCAGAGAGACCCCACGCAGCGGCAUUGCCGUCGGACCUAACAAGGGCCACAAAACCGAGCGUCGUGCUGUCCGCGCGAAGCCAUCUAAGACCAAGGGUCACUUGAGCAAGCGCACCGCUUUCGUCCGCGAGAUCGUCAAGGAGGUUUCUGGCCUCGCCCCAUACGAGCGCCGCGUUAUCGAACUCCUCCGCAACAGCAAGGACAAGCGUGCCCGUAAGCUGGCAAAGAAGCGUCUCGGUACGUUCGGCCGUGCUAAGGCCAAGGUCGAUGAGCUCCAGGGUGUCAUCGCCGAGUCCCGCCGUGCCGCCCACUAAAUGCAUCAUGGUGCGUUUGGGAAGUUUGGGACAGGGUGUGAUGGUGUACAAUGGGCGCCAAUGCAUGGCUGGAUGAAAAUCUCUGCGAGAGUAAAAAGCCGGACCAAUAUAUAGCUGGCAACUCGACCGAGGUUUCGGGCAAUGAAUCACAACUUGAUACCAACUUG